AUGGGGACUCCCAGGGCCCAGCACCCGCCGCCUCCCCAGCUGCUGUUCCUAAUUCUGCUGAGCUGUCCCUGGAUUCAGGGUCUGCCCCUGAAGGAGGAUGAGGUACUGCCAGAGCCUGGAAGCGAAACCCCCACAGUGGCCUCUAAGGCCCUGGCCGAGCUGCUCCAUGGGGCCCUGCUGAGGAGGGGCCCAGAGAUGAGCUACCUGCCGGGAUCUGAUCCAGACCCCACACUAGCCACCCCUCCAGCCGGCCAGACUCUUGCAGCGCCCUCCCUGCCACGAGCCACUGAGCCAGGGAUACGGCCUCUGACAACAGCCGUAACCCCUAAGGGGGUCAGGGGAGCAGGCCCCACCGCGCCGGAGCUGCUGACUCCGCCCCCAGGAACUACGGCCCCGCCCCCGCCCGUCCCCGCCUCUCCAGGUCCGCCCCUCGGGCCUGAAGGAGGAGAGGAGGAGACUAUGACCACCAUCAUCACCACGACGACUGUUACCACUACGGUGACUAGCCCAGUUCUGUGUAAUAACAACAUCUCCGAGGGCGAAGGGUACGUGGAGUCUCCAGAUUUGGGGAGCACUGCCAGCCGCACCCUGGGGCUCCUGGACUGCACUUACAGCAUCCAUGUCUACCCUGGCUACGGCAUUGAGAUCCAGGUGCAGACGCUGAACCUGUCUCAGGAGGAGGAGCUCCUGGUACUGGCUGGUGGGGGGUCCCCAGGCCUGGCGCCCCGACUCCUGGCCAACUCCUCCAUGCUGGGAGAAGGACAAGUCCUUCGGAGCCCAACAAACCGGCUUCUCCUGCACUUCCAGAGCCCACGGGUUCCAAGGGGCGGUGGCUUCAGGAUUCACUAUCAGGCCUACCUGCUGAGCUGCGGCUUCCCUCCCCAACCGGCCCACGGGGAUGUGAGCGUGACAGACCUGCACCCUGGGGGCACUGCCACCUUCCACUGUGAUUCGGGCUACCAGCUGCAGGGUGAGGAGACCCUCAUCUGCCUCAAUGGCACCCGGCCAGCCUGGAACAGUGAACCCCCCAGCUGCAUGGCAUCCUGUGGUGGCACCAUCCACAAUGCUACUCUGGGCCGCAUCGUGUCACCUGAGCCUGGGGGAGCUGCAGGGCCCAACCUCACCUGCCGUUGGGUCAUUGAAGCAGCUGAGGGACGCCGGCUGCACCUACACUUCGAGAGGGUCUCUCUGGAUGAGGACAAUGACCGGCUGAUGGUGCGCUCAGGGGGCAGUCCCCUAUCCCCAGUGAUCUAUGACUCGGACAUGGAUGAUGUCCCAGAGCGAGGUCUCAUCAGUGACGCCCAGUCCCUCUAUGUGGAGCUGCUGUCAGAGACACCUGCCAAUCCCCUUCUGCUAAGCCUCCGAUUUGAAGCCUUUGAGGAGGAUCGCUGCUUUGCCCCUUUCCUGGCACAUGGCAACGUCACUACCACGGACUCUGAGUACCGCCCAGGGGCACUGGCCACCUUCUCGUGCCUCCCAGGAUAUGCCCUGGAGCCCCCUGGCCCCCCCAAUGCCAUCGAAUGUGUGGAUCCCACAGAACCCCACUGGAAUGACACAGAGCCAGCCUGCAAGGCCAUGUGUGGAGGGGAGCUGUCAGAGCCAGCUGGUGUGGUCCUCUCUCCUGACUGGCCCCAGAGCUAUAGCCCCGGCCAGGACUGCGCAUGGAGCCUGCAUGUCCAGGAAGAGAAGCGCAUCUUGCUGCAAGUGGAGAUCUUGAAUGUGCGGGAAGGGGACAUGCUGACACUGUUUGACGGGGACGGUCCCAGCGCCCGAGUCCUGGCCCAGCUGCGGGGACCUCAACCGCGCCGCCGCCUCCUCUCCUCUGGGCCCGACCUCAAGCUGCAGUUCCAGGCACCGCCCGGGCCCCCAAAUCCGGGCCUGGGCCAGGGCUUCGUAUUGCACUUCAAAGAGGUUCCGAGGAACGACACCUGCCCCGAACUGCCACCUCCGGAGUGGGGCUGGAGGACGGCGUCCCACGGGGACCUGAUCCGGGGCACCGUACUCACUUACCAGUGCGAGCCUGGCUACGAGCUGCUGGGCUCCGACAUUCUCACCUGUCAGUGGGACCUGUCCUGGAGCGCCGCGCCGCCCGCCUGCCAAAAGAUUAUGACUUGUGCCGACCCUGGUGAGAUCACCAAUGGGCACCGUACCACCUCAGAUGCCGGCUUCCCUGUGGGCUCCCAUGUCCAGUACCGCUGUCUGCCAGGGUACAGUCUGGAGGGGGCAGCCGUGCUUACCUGCUACAGCCGGGACACAGGCACACCCAAGUGGAGCGACCGGGUCCCCAAAUGCGCCUUGAAGUACGAGCCGUGCCUGAACCCCGGGGUUCCAGAGAAUGGCUACCAGACGUUGUACAAGCACCAUUAUCAGGCGGGCGAGUCCCUACGCUUCUUCUGCUACGAGGGCUUUGAGCUUAUCGGCGAGGUCACCAUCACGUGUGUGCCUGGCCACCCCUCACAGUGGACCAGCCAGCCCCCGCUCUGCAAAGUGGCCUAUGAGGAGCUCCUGGACAACCGAAAACUGGAAGUGACCCAGACUACAGACCCAUCACGGCAGCUGGAGGGUGGGAACCUUGCCUUGGCCAUCCUUCUGCCCCUAGGCUUGGUCAUCGUCCUUGGCAGUGGUGUUUACAUAUACUAUACCAAGCUGCAGGGAAAAUCCCUCUUCGGCUUCUCGGGCUCCCACUCCUAUAGCCCCAUCACCGUGGAGUCAGACUUCAGCAACCCGCUGUAUGAAGCUGGGGAUACACGGGAGUAUGAAGUUUCCAUCUGAACCCCAAGAUUAAGGCUGCUGGACCCAGGAAGCCCCUCCUCUCCUCGUUUGGGUCAAGGGGAAGCACAGGACCUGGUCUCUGGCUCCUGGCUCCCCUCCUCCCUGCUGUGUAAAUAGUUUCCCUGUCCCAUGAGGGGGCUUUGAUGGCCCUGGAGACCCUACAGUAAAUAA